AUGAAUUUCAAGAUGAAUGAUUUAGUCUUUAAAGAAUUUAAAUUUGAUAAAUUGGAAUAUGAUGAACAAAAGUAUAAAAAUUACACUAAUAUGUAUAUUGCCAUGUUUAAGGAAAAUAAUUGUGGGUUAAAUGGUAUUAAUAUAUCAUACUUUACAAAAUUAAUUGACAUGUUGACUGAUAACAAGUUGCAUCCAUUAACAAUUUUAUCUAAACAUUUGGAACAAGCAGAUAUAAAAUUGGACGGAAUUGAAUUGAUAGGUCGGGUAUUUGAUUUAUUUGGUAUGUUUGGUGCUUUGUUUGGCAUUGACAGAAUUUAUUUGAAAAGAAAUUAUUUGAAUUUAGUAUAUGAAGAAAAAUUUUUGGGCUAUACCUGUGUUAAUUGUGGUGUUGAAAAACACGAGAAAGGAAAAAAAUGUUAUGGUCCAAUGGUGGUCAUUGUAUUAUAUAUCAUUUUUCAUUCCAGAUAUACCAAAGAUAAAUAUUCAAUGCAUUUCAAUUUCUUUAUUCAAUGGUUCCGUGCCAUACAGCAGAUGCACAAUGGUGUACCUUUAUACAAGUAUAUUAUUGCUGACUUUGUUGAAAAAUUUGAUUUUGAGAAUUCAAUGGUAAUGAGUAAGGCUUUUGAAUUGAAAUUUAUAAACUUCUAA